CAGAAACAAGAACACGAUCAGGAGCAAGGACGAGGCUGACUUAUUUUCAGCUCUAGCAAGGCAAAGGGAUAUAUAAUAACCAUAUAUUCUGCGCUUAUGAUAACGUCAGUAAACAAUAUUUCUGCGAAUUGAAACUUAGAAGUUCAAAUAGAUAACGUCAACUAUAAAAAGUGUUCUUACGCAUGCCGUCGAUGGCAACCCUGUUGCGGCCUUGUUGGCCGAAGCUACUUUCCUGUCUGCCGAGGACCCAGGUCAACCCAGGGAGGUGCCAGUCCAGCCCUGUGCGGUUGGAUUCGAGAGUGGGUGGCCUCGGCUCCGCAUGUAGGUCUCCGCUUCUGGUUUCUCGACUCUUCCAGCCCUCCAACCUCCGCGAGAGCAAAGACGCAGCGCUGGAUAUCCGGGCUGGUGAGAUGACCUGCAGGAGCCAGAAGCUGAUGCUCCAAGGGGGCCUCAUCCACCCUUCCAGUCCCGGCUGCUACUGUUACCUCCCGGCCACUGUGCGGGCUAUGGAGAAGCUGGUGCGGGUCAUAGAUCAGGAGAUGCAUGCCAUUGGGGGGCAGAAGCUGGACAUGCCCAGCCUUUGCUCUGCUGAGCUGUGGCGCCGUAGCGAGAGGUGGAGUCUGAUGGGAAAUGAGCUGUUCCGGCUUCAGGAUCGACAUGGAGCCGAGUUCUGCCUGGGGCCCACACAUGAGGAGGCAGUCACUGACCUGCUGGCCUCUCAAGGCACUCUGUCUUACAGGCAGCUUCCUCUGCUUCUUUACCAGGUGACAAGGAAAUUUCGGGAUGAGCCCAAGCCAAGAUUUGGACUUUUGAGGGGACGCGAGUUCUACAUGAAAGAUAUGUACUCCUUUGACGCAAGUGAGGAGGCUGCCCAUCAGACAUACCAGGCUGUGUGCCAGGCUUAUGACCGGCUGUUUCACCGACUGGGGCUGCGGUGUGUUAAGGUGCAGGCUGACACUGGGAACAUUGGUGGUAAACUGUCACAUGAGUUCCAGCUGCCAGCAGAUGUUGGCGAGGACACACUGAUGAUCUGUGGCAACUGUGAUUUUUCUGCCAACACUGAGACCGUAGAACCUGGUCGGACAGAUUGCCCGCAAUGUCACAGUGGUGUUCUAAUAGAGUCGAAAGGCAUUGAAGUGGGGCACACGUUUUAUCUUGGCACCAAGUACUCUACUAUAUUCAACGCCACCUACUACAAUGCUCAGAACAAGCCUGUGGUUGCUGAGAUGGGCUGCUUUGGAUUGGGGGUCACACGUAUACUUGCUGCAGCCAUCGAGGUUCUGUCCUCUGAGGAUGCCAUUCGGUGGCCAGGGCUACUAGCACCCUACCAAGUGUGUAUCUUGCCUCCCAAGAGAGGGAGUAAAGCAGAAGAUGUGGGCUCUCUGGCUGAGGAUCUCUGCUGUGGUCUUGAGGAGUUGCCGAAUUUGAAAGGGGAGGUUGUCCUGGAUGACCGAACGCAGCUUACGAUUGGAAAGCGUUUGAAGGAUGCCAGUCGGCUUGGGUACCCUUACGUGAUUGUUAUUGGACAGAGUGCUAUGGAGGAGCAACCGCAGUUUGAGGUGCGCUGUCAACAAAAUGAGGAAACUAUGUUUCUUAGUAAAGAGGGGCUAUUGGAUCUCCUUGGACAGGUGGAGACAGUAUAACUUUUUUCUUUUUUACUCUUGUGUUUUCUUAAAGGGAAAUGUUGGGAUGAGGUUGCUGGACAGUGAAUUUUCUUAAAAAUAUAAGAUUUCAUACAAUGGUGUGGAUUUAUUUAUUUUUUUGUUCAUUUGAGCAGCUUGAAAAUGUUGCAUACUUUAAAGAAAUACUUUUUUAUUGUGGAACAUAAAUACAAUUCCAGGUAGGCAAUAAAUUAGGUGUUAAGGUUGGGUGAAAAGGUGCAUUACAUCAUGGUGCUUGACAAAUACCAUUAACCAACUCACAGCUGUAGAGCUGAAGGUUCCAUUGUAGUUUUUUUUUGUGUAAAUGUGCAUUUUCACCCUGUGUUUGUGUGGAUCUCUCACAGAGUGGUUUAUGCUGCCUGUUGUUUGGUCUUGGACUGCAAACAGCAGAGGUCAUGUACACAUGACUGCCUUGGGUGCCCUUGUUCCAUCUUGUCCUGUACCCCAUGUCCCUCACUCUCAUGAUGUACCCAUGUUUUCUCUUCCUUCUGUCCUCAUGCACAUGUUCUUUGAAACUGCCAAAUCUAUCCAGUAACUGAGUGCUGUUAUGUAAACGCAUGAAUGUGACCAAUGAGAAGUUAGUAGCUUACGCCCACUCUAAAUGUAUGUAAGGAGUGUAUUGUUUUUGUUUCAAGAUCCUGCCUCCCCAGCGCUGGUCCGAGUGUUGAACUACUGUUCGGUAAACUGCUGAAUAAAACUUUUUUUUAAUGUUUGUUUGCUGAGUAGUGAUAAGUGUUAAUAGAAUUCCCCAAAAAAUCCUUCUGUAACUGUAUGCCUACUACUGUAAGUGAGGUAACCAGAUCAGGUCCUUGAUGCCCAUGACCCUAAUUCAACAGGUUGUUACAGAACAAUAAAGUGAACUGAGACAUGCGAUGCAGUUUUACUAUAAACACAGUAAAAUGUUAUGACA